UUUUCAAGAACCCUGACGCCAUAGGUUCCUGACUACUGUCAUUUCCCAGAAUCUUGGAGCUGGACUAGCUCACUAGAUGAUGGAAGAAGGAAGCCUGUGAGAGGCAAAUAGAGAUUUUUUCCGGAUUUCGGCCUAAUUCUGUUUGACUCGAGUUUGAACCUGAGUCUUCAGUGUCAGAUAGUCCUGGUCUUGUUGGGAACCAGACAUGAUGUGUUCCUAGCUGCUACGUCUGGCCGUGCGAAUUAGUUUAUGGGUGUCUAGUUUAUAGUAUCCCUGUCUUGGCAGGAGCGUUUACCAGGCAUGUCGUUCGCUCACAUCCUCGAGGGUGAGGUGCGAAACCCCACCUGGUGCUUGGGGAAAGUCGGCUCGCCUCAGCCGAACGAUAUUACAUGUCCGACUGCUUACGUCGACGUCGUCUUCGGAGCUUUAGAUUCCGCGUUAGAUGCUUACGACGACCGUCAAGCGGGACUGCCACCCGGCAAGCACUCGUCCCGAGUGGCGUGGAAAUGUGACCGCAUUCUGAGCGUCCUUAACGCGUGUUUGGAAGAGCUGGAUCCGUGGAACGCUCUGAACGCUCCAGAUGGAGUUUUCUCGGAAGGUUCCGGACGCAAGACCAACCUACUGCAUCACGGCGCACUGGACAGCGUUGCAGAAAAUCAAACGAACCGCGGAAGCCAUAUCCAAAGCCACAGCCUGGUGGCCCCCAUUCCGUCGACCUUCCACUCCUCCAGCGUCUCCCUCUCGCCUCCCCCUCGGCUCGGCGGUCGCUUCGGCCUCGGUCGAAGGUUCGGCGAGAAUAGGACGGAAACGGAGAUAUCGUCGACCAUGUCGUUUGUCAUGCCGGUGCCUGCGCCCGCUUCCGAGGGCUCGUUGCCUGGCGUCUGGGGCUUUUCCGGGCCGGUUAAGGGAUUUCCUUCGUCACAGACAGCUCCGCUAUCCGCUCCAGACGUCCCUGCCGAGCAGAGUCCCUCCCUGGCGGUGCAGUGGCGCGCGCUGUACGCGUCAGUGCAGGACGCGGUGCUCAUGUACAGCGCGCAGUUCGUCUCCGCGCUGGCGGAUGGUAACCCGCCCGCUGCUGACGUCAUGGCGUCACUGGAUGAGGCUCUGCAGGACCUAGCGAGGGACGUCUACGUGACUAUGGAUAGGAUGGAGGAGAGACUCAGCCAACGCGCCGCUCUGUUCCCCAUCCGAGUCUUCGCCUUGUCUGCAUCUCUGGAGAUCGCUCGCUGCCAGAGGUUGUUCCUCAAGCAGCAGCAACAGCAGCAGCAGCAGCAGCAGGAGGAGGAGGAGGAACAGCAGCUGCAGAAGCAAGGGGACCAACGUGCAGCAGGGGAAGUCUCAGGCGAAACAACAGGAGAUUCUGCAGGGGGUUUCACAGGAGCAGCAGAAGGCUCAUCAGGGUCCUUCCUUGUAGCCGCUAGCAAUCUCAGAGACACGCCAGCACCAGGAGCACCUGCACGACAGCCGUUGGAUGAAGACGAUCUGACGGUCCUGGAGCAGCUGUUGGAGGAAGCGGGGGAUGAGGUACAGGGGUUAUUCCUAGACUGCAGGGGGUCGCUAUACGGUCUAGGUGUCACCCAUGCCCCCUGCCUCGCCCGCCUCUGUCUCCUGGGGAAGGCGCUAAAAGCAGCAGCACAGGGAGCAACUGAGGGGGGUUUGACUGUGGUAAGGGACGCACAAGGGGAGGUGGGGUAUUUGGAGAGGGGAGACGCGGAGAGGGGGGAGGAUGGGGAGGAAGGGGAGGGUGGGGAGGAGGAUAAGGGCGAGGGGGGAAAAGGUGGUGGUUUGGCUCGAAAUACGUUUGAGUUUGAUACAUCCAAGGCUGUAAAUGGUCUCACUAUUGAGCUCGGGGCUCGUGCUCUUGAGAAGGAUGGUGAUAGUAAUGAUGAUCGUGAUAAUGACGAGGAGGGGGAGGGGGAGGAGGAGGAGGAGGAUGAGGAGGACGCUGACACUAACGAGAGUGACAAUAUCGAGGAUGACUGUAUCAUAUGGGACGACGGUCUACAGGAUCUCAGGACACUGUUCCCCCCUGAGCGCUCUCCAACACACUCACGGAUGCCGUCCUCCUCCUCUGCCUCUUCAGCUGCCAGAGGAGCGGCGCUGACCCCUAGGAUGAAACCAGCCAGCUCCCUUAACUCGUUUUUCUCUGACCGUAGUCAGGAAUCUGACGCUGAAAAGCCUAACUUAUCCUCUGAUCCUUGUAACUUAACAGCUGACAGUGAGGCAGGUGCACUAGGGGCUGGAGCGGGAAGGGGAGAGGCUGCAAGUGAGGGGGGGGUUGAAUUAGGAUCAAAGCCGGAGCUCGGAAAAGGGGGAGGGGAGGUCACUGGGGAAUCAGGGCCAAACCCAGAAGAAUCACCAACAGCAUCACCAUCACCAUCAGCAGCAGCAGCAGCAGCAGUAGCAGCCAAGGGCCCCCGCCUGGGUGCAAGGAUCUUCCUGGAGCGAAUCCGAGACUACCAGUGGCUAGCAGAAUGGCUGGGGAUCGACCCAGACGAGCUGCUCAUUCAUAAGGUGCUUUCAGUGGUGCCCGUAGGCAUGCUUCUAACGGAUCUGGGCGUGCCCCGCUCGUUAGAGUCUGUUUUGUUAGAGUCACACCGGCCGCUGCUGCUGCGCGUGGUGCUGCCGGGUUUUCGGGAGGAGGUGAGGAGGAGGCUGGUGGGGGUGGGGUUGGGUUGGACCGAGGGGAUGAUACUCAAGACAGAGGUGUUUGAACCCAAGAGGAGCGUCGCUGUGUUUACAACGGGGGCAUCCGGUGGUGGUGGUGGUGCUGCUGCUGCUUCUGCCCCUGGUGGUGCUGGUACUGGUGCUGCUGGCGGCGGUGGGACCGGGGGAGGUACAACUGCUGCUACUGCUGCUGCUGCUGCUGCUGCUGCUGCUGGUGCUGCUGGUGGUGGUUCAGGGGAAGCAGCAGCAGCAGCAGCACAAGCAGGAGGGAAAGCAGGGGAGAAGAAGCCGAGCCACAAACGCACAAAGAGCGCAGACGACAUGCUAGAGUUGUCCCCGUUUGUGUCUCACGCAGUACAGGAGUCCCUCACAGCAGGCGGCGGUCUGGCGAAGCAGAUCCCCCUGGAGGACAUCCUCGCAGCUACUGACUCCUGGAGUCCUGAGAGGAAACUGGGGGAGGGUGCGUACGGAAGCGUGUUUAAGGGGAUCGUCGGAGCGGGGCAGGGUGGAGCAGGGGAGCUUUGGGCAGUGAAGCGGGCAGCUAAUGUGUCGGGGUCACAUUUGGAGGAGUUUGAAAAGGAGGUCUCUUUCAUGAGUCGAAUGGCACAUCAGCACCUGGUGCGCCUCAUCGGCUUCUGGGCGGACUGCGACGAGCGCAUCCUCAUCUACGAGUUCAUGCACAAUGGCACACUGGCUUCACGCAUCCACCGCGCAGCAUUGCCGCCAUCCCCCACAGGAGAUGCACCCAAGAAGGCCCCCCCUCCCCCGCUAACCUUUGACGAGCGGGUCACCAUUGCAGUGGGAGCAGCCGAGGGCCUCCGCUACCUUCACGAUUUCGCCCGGCCGCCUGUGAUUCACCGCGAUAUCAAAUCGGAGAAUAUCUUACUGGCAAAGGAUCUGCAGGCCAAGGUGGCGGAUUUUGGGCUGCUGAAGACGAGCGACCAGGGGGGCCCGGGGCGGCAUGUGCAGCGGACGAGGCUGAUGGGCACCCCGGGGUAUUGCGACCCGGAGUAUUCGCGGACUUAUGUUGCCACGCCCAAGAGCGACGUGUACAGCUUUGGAGUGGUUCUUCUGGAGCUGGUGACGGGCCGCAGGGCCAUCCUGGCUGAGCCAGGCCAUAAGUCGGGCGUGGGGCUGGGCAACGUGGCGUCGCUGCUGCAGCGCUCCAAGCGGAAUGUCAAGGGGAGCAACAUGGAGCCUGGCGCCACCACCACCCUCGUGCAGUGGGCCAUUCCUCUGAUCACAGCAGGCAAGCUGAAGGCAGUAGUCGACCCUGCCCUAGAAAACAACUACCCACCAGGAGCGAUGAAAGCGCUAGCAGGCGUGGCAGCCAUGUGUGUCCAAAAGAGCGCUGCCCAGCGGCCGUCCAUGGCUGAGGUGGCGACGCGGCUGUCUGCCAUCCAGCACAAGGUACAGGAUCUGCACAUCCAAGGGGAGGAGCCCAAGUACAACUUCCAACCCACGAUAGGAACGGGGGCAACGCCUGCUGCUGCUUCUGGCACUGGUGCGGCAACGACUCUUCCCAGGUCGCAGACACACCCUCGCCCCAAGUCUCCUGCCCCAGUGCCGCCGAAAAAGGCUGGGGAGAAGAAGGCGGGUGGAGCGGCCAAGGGAGGGAAGGUGAGGAAGGAGGGCGGGGUGGAUGAAGGGGAGGUGAAGGGGAAGACAGGAGGGAAAGGGGUUAUCAGGGCCAAGAGUGCGACACAACCUUAUUUGGGAGCUAAGGAUGCGGUGGAGUUCAGUGUUCAACAUGUGACGGGUCGAUAUAUGGCAACGUUUUGAAGUGGUGGUACGGCAGGGUUAUAUAAUGCUAACAGAUCAGAACUUGUAUUCAGAUUGCGUUUGCUGUAUACGUAACUGCUCAUUAUCCAUGCCUCCGCCAGAUCCCUUGGUUUGCGGUCUUGGAGGGAAACGGAGCAUGGGGUGCUCCUGGUUGUCGGGACCACGCCAAAACACCGCCAAAACAGGAUCUGAAUCCUGAUUGGCCAAUGUUAGCUAGCUUAGGCCCCCUGUCAGAUGCUUCGGCCCUGACCAGAAUGUCGUGCCGCCUACUAUGGAGAAGAGAUGUCU